UUAAGUUAGGGCGUGAAGCCGGUCAUAUCCCAUAGCGCACCACGCUGGUGUUUCUCUCCGGCCCGGAGCAGUUCCGCCGGCGCCGACCGUCGUCUUGGCCACGCCAACUCAACCUCCUCUACAGUAUUCUUCCAUAAGAAUGGAUUCUAAGAAGGUGAUUGCUGCUGCUAAUCUAACUGAUGAUCUAGUGGUGGAAAUCCUCUCUCGGGUACCGUUCAAGUCUUUUUGCCGCUUCAAAUGUGUCUGCAAGGCCUGGCUUGCCUUCGCCUCGGAUCCACACUACCAUCGGAAACUGCCGAAAAUUCCCACUGGUCUUUUUCACGGAGGCAAUGAUGGGUCUGUUGCCGAACUUGCUAGCAUGUCCCCAAAUGAUGAAGAAAUUAAUGGGGCUCUUACAUUCUUGCCGCACCAUGAGCAUUUAGAAUUUGUGGACUGUUGCAAUGGCCUAGUUCUUUGUAAGUACAAGACCAGUUAUGCUUCUGCGGAAGCUUGCCGCUUCAUCAUGUGUAACCCUGCAACACGGGAGUGGAGGUCACUUCCUGUUCCUGAUACCCAACCUGACCCAACCGAGUUCGUGGGUGACACUUUUUUGGCCUUCGACCCAUCAUGGUCAGCACAGUUCUAUGUCUUUAACUUCCGGGAGAAGUUUGAUGGUUAUUGGACACUCGGUAUCAACAAACUUGAGGUGUUCUCGUCUGACCUAUCCACCUGGAUUGUGGAUGCUGCAUGGAGUCCUUUUAUAAAGAUUUGUAAUCCACACCACUUUAUAGGAGGAGUUUUGUACGUGCACACAAAUGGGGGCGACAUUCUGGGGUUGGAGGUAAUUGGUUCUGGCAUACCACCGCGUCAUUUUAUUGUCAAGUUGCCACAUGGCCAUUCGGAUCUCGUGUCUGGUUGCUUUGGUCAAUCAUCAGGGUUCUUGCAGUGUGCACUUCCAGAGGAGAGCGGUCAUACAAUUGCAGUUUUCAGUCUUGAUACUUGUCAUUCCUACAAAUGGUCUUUCAAGUAUCGUCUUAGUAUGGGCAAUGCAUUUGGAAGGGACGACUUCCUUCACAUUGAUGAUGAGGGCUGGUACUGUUGGCUUGAUUAUCAGAUUGUCGCUCUUGAUUCGGAAAGAAAGGUUCUCUUCCUUGUUGACAAGGUUCGAAUGAAGCUUUUGUCAUACAACAUCAUCACUGGAAAACUUAGCGAGAUCGAAGAUGGUUGUCGUACUGACUACCUUUAUUAUGUGGCAUGCUACUCAAAGCUUCCAGUUCUCUCCUCUUUUGAGCAUACACAAGAAACUUGUUAAUUAUUCAGGUUCUAGCUGACAAGAAACUUGUUAAUGUUGUACAUAUUUGUGUCUGUUUUACAAUACAAUGGAUUAGGUUG